CGCCCCCUCCGCAGGGCUUGAGCGCCUCUCUGCCGGCCGGGCUGCUGAGCGCCUGGAGCGCGGCCACGUCGCAGGGCGCGCUGAGGAGUCGGGACUGAGCCGCCGCAGCACCGGGAGGAGGAGGAGGAGGAGGAGGAAGAAGAAUAUGGCGGCGGAGUCGGGCUGGGAGUGAAGCCGCCGCCUGCGACGGGAGCUCAUGGGGGAGACGGGGCGCUGAGCCCGCCCGCCCGCUUCAUCCCGCCGCGGGACAGGCAGUGCCCGCAGGCCCCGGCUAGCCCCGGCGGGAAGGAGGGCGGCUUCUCGAAGCUCCGCGCUGACGGACGGCGAGAGAGGGGCUUCGGGCCUGGGCAGCUGCUGCACAAUAGAGCCGAGCUCCAGGCCGGGUCCUCUGUUGCCCUCGAUAAUGAGGAUCCCGUUGGAGCACUGAAGAGGAGUAAGAAGAGCUUGCCUGGCUUGCCCGUGUGGGGCUGCUACCUUCUUACUCGCUCCCCUCCUUUGAGGGGGGCCUAGCCCCCGACCAGCCUCCUGCUCCUCCAGCAAUUGCAAGCCAGAGUGGUGGCUGUGGUGUGGCAGGCGGCAGGAUGACUGACACCCGGCGGAGGGUGAAGGUUUAUACGCUAAAUGAGGACCGCCAGUGGGACGAUCGAGGCACAGGCCAUGUGUCCUCUUGCUACGUGGAGAGGCUCAAGGGCAUGUCCCUGCUAGUCAGGGCAGAGAGUGAUGGCUCUCUUCUUUUGGAGUCCAAAAUUAACCCGAACACUGCAUACCAGAAGCAACAGGAUACCUUGAUUGUGUGGUCUGAAGCUGAAAAUUAUGAUUUGGCACUUAGCUUUCAAGAAAAAGCAGGAUGUGAUGAAAUAUGGGAAAAAAUAUGUCAGGUUCAAGGCAAAGACCCUUCUGUCGAUAUUACUCAGGACCUUGUCGAUGAAUCUGAGGAAGAACGUUUUGAUGAUAUGUCAUCACCAGGUCUAGAAUUGCCAUCUUGUGAAUUAAGUCGACUAGAAGAAAUUGCAGAACUUGUGGCAUCUUCAUUGCCUUCACCAUUACGUCGUGAAAAACUCGCACUAGCACUGGAAAAUGAGGGCUAUAUUAAGAAGCUCUUAGAAAUUUUUCAUGUGUGUGAAGACUUGGAGAACAUUGAAGGACUACACCACUUAUAUGAAAUUAUCAAGGGAAUUUUCCUUUUGAACAGAACUGCACUUUUUGAAGUCAUGUUUUCCGAGGAAUGUAUAAUGGACGUAAUUGGAUGCCUAGAAUAUGAUCCGUCUUUAUCACAGUCACGGAAACACAGGGAAUUUCUGACUAAAACGGCAAAAUUUAAAGAGGUGAUUCCUAUAUCUGAUCCAGAGCUGAAGCAAAAAAUACAUCAGACAUACAGAGUACAGUAUAUUCAAGAUAUGGUCCUACCCACUCCCUCAGUUUUUGAGGAAAAUAUGCUAUCAACACUUCAUUCUUUCAUCUUUUUUAAUAAAGUGGAAAUAGUUGGUAUGUUACAGGAAGAUGAAAAAUUUCUGACAGACUUGUUUGCACAACUAACAGAUGAAGCCACAGAUGAGGAGAAAAGACAGGAAUUGGUAAAUUUUCUGAAAGAGUUUUGUGCAUUCUCUCAAACACUGCAACCUCAAAACAGAGAUGCAUUUUUCAAAACCCUGUCAAAUAUGGGCAUACUGCCAGCACUAGAAGUUAUAUUGGGUAUGGAUGAUGCACAAGUACGAAGUGCAGCCACUGAUAUAUUCUCAUAUUUGGUGGAAUACAACCCGUCCAUGGUACGAGAGUUUGUCAUGCAGGAAGCACAGCAGAACGAUGAUGAUAUAUUACUCAUUAACCUCAUUAUAGAACACAUGAUUUGUGACACAGAUCCAGAACUUGGAGGGGCAGUGCUACUCAUGGGUUUGCUUCGUACUUUAGUUGAUCCAGAAAAUAUGCUUGCCACAGCUAAUAAAACAGAAAAGACAGAGUUCUUGGGUUUCUUCUACAAACAUUGUAUGCAUGUUCUGACAGCCCCUCUAUUGGCCAAUACUACAGAGGACAAGCCUAGCAAAGAUGAUUUUCAGACAGCCCAACUCUUGGCAUUAAUACUGGAAUUGCUAACUUUCUGCGUAGAACAUCAUACUUAUCACAUAAAAAACUACAUCAUUAACAAAGAUAUCCUGCGAAGGGUACUCGUUCUCAUGGCCUCAAAGCACGCUUUCUUGGCAUUGUGUGCCCUUCGUUUCAAGAGAAAGAUAAUUGGGCUGAAGGAUGAAUUCUACAACCGUUACAUAAUGAAAAGUUUUUUGUUUGAACCUGUGGUCAAAGCAUUUCUAAAUAAUGGUUCCCGUUAUAAUCUGAUGAACUCUGCCAUAAUAGAGAUGUUUGAAUUUAUCAGAGUGGAAGAUAUAAAAUCGUUGACAGCUCAUGUAAUUGAAAAUUACUGGAAGGCACUGGAAGAUGUAGAUUAUGUGCAGACAUUCAAAGGACUGAAACUACGAUUUGAGCAACAAAGGGAAAGACAAGAUAAUCCAAAACUUGACAGCAUGCGUUCCAUUUUGAGAAACCAUAGAUACAGAAGGGAUGCAAGAACCCUAGAGGAUGAGGAGGAAAUGUGGUUUAAUACUGAUGAAGAUGAUAUGGAAGAUGGAGAGGCAGUGGUGCCCCCUUCUGACAAAACUAAAAAUGAUGAAGAUAUUAUGGACCCUAUCAGUAAAUUCAUGGAAAGGAAAAAAUUAAAAGAGAGUGAAGAAAAGGAAGUUCUUCUGAAAACUAACCUUUCAGGUCGUCAGAGCCCAAGUUUCAAGCUUUCCUUUUCCAGUGGUACAAAGUCUAACCUUACCAGCCAGUCAUCUGCAAGUAAUCUGCCUGGAUCCCCAGGGUCUCCCGGAUCCCCAGGGUCCCCUGGGUCUCCAGGAUCAGUUUCUAAAAGCACAUCUCAGAUGGCAGCUAUUACAACUAAGGGAGGCCUCGUUGGGCUUGUAGAUUAUCCUGAUGAUGAUGAAGAGGAUGAUGAAGAUGAAGAUAAAGAGGAAACUUUACCUUUGUCAAAGAAAGCAAAGCUUGAGUCAUCAUAAUGGCAACUGCUGAAGAACAUUACCAGUUGGGGGAAGGAUUUUUUUUCCAAAAACAAAACAAACCCACAGCAAAGCAGCAAUCUUUUGUGAAUUACUGUGUGACACAGAUCAACCUAUACAAACAGAUUUCUGCCAAUCAAGUGCCAAUUCAAAGCAGAAGAAGGGGAAAUAUUUCGUUUAGGGGAAAGACUUACGCCUUUGAGCUCUCCAGCUUGGACCACAUAUUGCCCUUUUCUCAGGGAAGGAAAUGGAAAACAAACAAAAAAAAAAGCCAACAGGGCAGGAGUUUUGUUAGUGGAACUCUGGAUUGGCUGGUCAGUUGCUACAAUCGGAAUAUGCUUUCUUGGACCAUGUAUGAGACUUCUGAAGAAAAGGCAGUUUUUGCCAUAAUUCUUCACUAGUUAAGAAUGCCAGCAGUUUCUUUGUAUAAAAGAGACCUGCCUUUGAAAUCAUACAUUCUGAACAUUUUAGUCAAGCUACAACAGGUUUUAAAAACCUCUGCGGGGGAGGGCUGAAUAUAAAGUUUCCUCUUUUUUUUUUUUAAAUCUUUUCCCUUUGCCCUUUAAACUGCAGAAUUUUUUUUUGGAGGUGGGGGAUUUGUUUGUCCCUUCUUGAUUAAAGAUUGAGUGGAAUUCUAGAUGUGGUCACUUUUGUGUCAUAAUUUUUUUUUUUGCCCCCCUGAGUGUAUGCUUAGUUGUUGAGUAUAUAUUUGGGACCAUUAAAAUUUUUUGAUGUAAUAUAA